AUGGGAUCCAAUAAUCGAACAUGUUUUGUAUUUGAUAAAGAGAAUUCAACAAAAAUUCUUAUUCAAAUAGCUUAUGAAAUUCCUUCAACAAAUAUUUCUCGCCAAUUUAAUUUGUUACGUUCUAUGGAUGAACCUGUUUCUAAAACAAUACAUCGUUUAAUAGCUAACAUUGAAAGUGCUACAACUAAAGAAAAUAAAUCAAAUAAACGUCAUCAAAAAGACCUAAUUGAUGCCACAACAAAUACUGAAAAAAAACUUAUUGUUGUAGAAUUGUUUGAUAUUAAUAACGAUCAACCAAUUGACGGAAAUCAAACAAAUCAACAAGCAUGGCGUAGUUGCCAAAGUUUAUCAAUUAAUGGGCAAUUUUAUAAUGUUGAAUACAAUGCACCAGUUGUUAUUAGAUUUCGUUUUCCUGAACAAAUUCUAACAAAUACAAUAACAACAGCAUUUGUUGAAAUCGAGUAUGGCGAAUAUGAAUCUUCCUUAUUUGAUUGGUAUGUUACAGAUGAUAUUAAAACCACAAAUGAUCAUACUCAAUGGACACAUAUACAUCGUGGAUCAUUUUGUACAUUUCAUGAUGAACAGGUUAAUAAAUUUGUGCGUCUUGUUUGUUUACCACGAAAUAAUUCAUUACGCGAAGGUAUACAAGCUGAAAGUAUAUCAAAAACAUGCAUUAUUCCAUGUCCAUUGGGUUUACCAAUGAAUACAAGACACGAAUUAACAAAAGAUUAUUUGCCAAUUGAUUCAAACAAUCUACGUUUAGUAUCAUAUAAUAUAUUAGCAAAUGGAUAUGCAUCAACAGAUCAUGCUACUGAGAAAUUGUAUCCAUUUUGUUCAGAAGAUUAUCUUCAACAUGAUUAUAGAAAAGCACUUCUUUUAAAAGAAAUAUUAGGAUAUCAUGCUGAUAUUAUUUCAUUACAAGAAUGCGAUAUAUCAUUUUAUAAACGAGAACUUUCAUUAGUAUUAAAACAAUAUGGUUAUUUAGGUGAUAUGAAAAUAAAAAGUCAUUCAGUCAGAGAAGGUUCAGCGAUUUUUUAUAGAACAAAACGAUUUACCGCUAUCGGUAGUCAUGAUAUUAAAAUAGGUGAAUAUUUUCGAGAUGCAAAACAUUUGGAAUUUAUUCGUCGUCGUUGUUCAUUAGUACCAGAAAUCAAUACACACUUAUUAGAAAGAAAUACCGUAUUACAAAUUUUAGCGUUAGAACGACGCGAAGAAUCAAAUGAAGUUUUUUUAACAUGUAAUACGCAUUUAUAUUUUCAUCCUUAUGCGGAUGUUAUUCGAUGUUUCCAAACUAUGAUUGCACUUGAACGUAUCAAAGAGAUUAAACAGCUUUAUGAACAACAGAAAAAGAAUGUUUCAAUAAUAUGGAGUGGAGACUUCAAUGCUAGUUUAACAUCAUUGGCAUUUCAUCUUCUGUUUACUGGUUUUUUACUUACCGAUAAGAAUCAUGGACAAUACAAUGAAGAUUAUGCUAAAAUAACAAAAAAAUUUGAUUAUAAAACUCAAAUUGAAUUAAGCACCUAUUCGAAUUAUGCAUAUACAACUUAUGCACUACACUUUCAUGAUGUUAUUGAUCAUAUAUUUUAUGAGUCGAGUAAAUUUAAAUUUCAGCGUUCUAUACCAAUGCCAACCCAUGAACAAGUUACAGAAUUUACUGCUUUACCAUCUUGUAAAAUUCCAAGUGAUCAUUUAGCUGUUGUUAUUGAACUUGAAAUUCUCAAAUCAUCGUGA